AUGACACCUCGUCUACUAUAUCUGGUUGAUGGAGACGGUAACAAUGAUCAUGAACUUGAUGGAGAUGAUCUAGUCAUCCCAGAUAAGCCGCCCUUGUCAGACCGCCCCGCUCAACUACACAGCUCGAAUAUACCGAAGUCUACGAGCACUCUGCCAAAAGUGCAGACUUUUGAAUGUCCACCCAGGUCAUCGAGAUCAAGAUCGCCCCAAAAAGUAUCAGCGUUAGGAUCUUCACUUCCAUCCGUACCUGCAGUCGAGACUGGACAGCUGCCUUUAGAGGCGAAUAUCGCUUCCUACAAUUUGCCCAAACUUCGCAAGUCUCCCCUCAAAGAACAAUUGCGUAAAGACGAACUUGAGAGUAAAUCCCAAGACAAUUUGAAUAAGCUGGAUAUGGUACGUUCUCAUCCACACUACCAGCAGUUGCAAAGAGAUCUGGAAGAGGAGAGCAGUCACCGAAAGCAGCUCGAGAAUGAGUUGAGCGAAAGGGAGACACUAUUGGCAGAGAUCCUAUCGAAAUCGGAAAGUGAUUUGGUCGAAAAGAAUAGGGAACUGGACGAGGUGCGUAAAGGAUGGAGGAAGCUAGCCGGAGAGCUCAACAAGAUUCGUGCCCAAGGCCAGGGAUUUUACCAGGUCACCGACGCAUAUCUGAUUGAAAAGACCAAUUCUUUGAGAUACAGCGUCCGGAACUUUGCUAUUCAGUACUUUGAUGGCAAGAUGAAGCAUAGCGUCGAGAUCGAAUACGGAGAUUUUGUUAAACGCUAUAUCGAGCCGACAACCCCACUGCAUCCCAAGGCCUAUCUCGACCUCUCCAUUUCACCGACAAUGUGCUCCAGUUUGAUACAGGGAAUCAUAUGGCGAGUCCUUACUGGAGACGUAUUCAACCAAUUUCGAUGGGCUGGGAAGGUUGCCGAAGAUGUAUGGCAUUUACAUCAGACGUUGUCACAAACUUCACCAGACACUCGCCCGAAUUCCGAAGCCGAGCGCAAAUUUCAGAUAUGGAGUGCUAUGACAACUAAUCUGCUUUUGGAUAAACUAGAUCUGAAGGAAGGUGGUGAUACUUAUGAAAAACUGGAAAAACAAAAGCGCUUGAUACGGGACAGUAUAAGUGGAGCAAUCGAGCCAUUUGCUAGGAACUUGGACGGAGGUUUUGAACAGGAACUCCUCAGAAUAAUUGGAGAUGCAGUCACCUUAGACUUGGAGCUGAGCAGACAAGUUGCACGCGUGAUCUGGGUAUAUGAUUUGGGAGAAUACGACUCUUCUACGAUGGAUUUAAGGGAGGGAGAAAGUCUACAGAUAGGGAAGAGAGAUGGCCAUUUGAUUGUUGCACCUGGGUUGAAGAAGAUAGGCAAGUCUACAGGUGAUGAUUUCAAGGUAGAGACUCCUCUACUACCGAUAAAGGUCUUAUACUACCUAUGCCCCCACAAGUAG